GACAUCAUCUCUGCCCUGGUCACCAGCACCUUCAUCAUCGAGAAGCAGCCCCCCCAAGUGCUCAAGACACAGACCAAGUUUGCAGCCACCGUGCGGCUCCUGGUGGGGGGGAAGCUGAACGUGCACAUGAACCCCCCCCAAGUGAAGGCCACCAUCAUCAGCGAGCAGCAAGCCAAGGCCCUGCUGAAGAAUGAGAGCACCCGCAAUGAGAGCAGUGGGGAGAUCCUCAACAACUGCUGUGUGAUGGAGUAUCACCAGGCCACUGGGACGCUCAGCGCCCACUUCCGCAACAUGUCCCUGAAGCGGAUCAAACGCUCGGAUCGCCGUGGGGCUGAGUCAGUGACAGAGGAGAAAUUCACCAUCCUCUUUGAGUCACAGUUCAGUGUUGGUGGGAAUGAGCUGGUCUUCCAGGUGAAGACGCUGUCCCUGCCUGUGGUGGUGAUUGUUCAUGGGAGCCAGGACAACAAUGCCACGGCCACCGUGCUUUGGGACAAUGCCUUUGCCGAGCCCGGCCGCGUGCCCUUCGCUGUGCCUGACAAGGUGCAGUGGCCACAGCUCUGUGAGGCCCUCAACAUGAAGUUCAAGGCAGAGGUGCAGAGCAGCCGUGGGCUGACCAAGGAGAACCUGGUGUUCCUGGCACAAAAGCUCUUCAACAGCACCAGCUCCCACCUGGAGGACUACAGCAGCACCACGGUGUCCUGGUCCCAGUUCAACCGGGAAAACCUGCCUGGGAGGAAUUACACCUUCUGGCAGUGGUUUGACGGGGUCAUGGAGGUGCUGAAGAAGCAUUUGAAGCCGCACUGGAAUGAUGGGGCCAUCCUGGGCUUCGUCAACAAGCAGCAGGCGCAUGACCUGCUCAUCAACAAACCCGACGGGACCUUCCUCCUGCGCUUCAGCGACUCAGAGAUCGGUGGCAUCACCAUUGCCUGGAAGUUUGACUCCUCUGAGAGGAUGUUCUGGAACCUGAUGCCUUUCACCACCAGGGAUUUCUCCAUCCGCUCCUUGGCUGACCGCCUCGGGGAUCUCAGUUACCUCAUCUACGUGUUCCCCGACCGGCCCAAGGACGAGGUGUUCUCCAAGUACUACACGCCGGUUCUCUGUGAGUCCACGCCAGCUAAAGCUGUGGAUGGAUACGUGAAGCCACAGAUCAAGCAAGUGGUGCCAGAGUUUGUCAAUGCAUCAGGAGAUUCUGCCCCUGGAGGGGCCACCUACAUGGACCAGGCACCCUCACCUGCCGUCUGCUCCCAGCCUCAUUACAACAUGUACACCCAGAACCCCGACCCUGUGCUGGACCCCGAGGGUGAUUUUGACCUGGAAGACACGAUGGAUGUGGCGAGGCACGUGGAAGAGCUGCUGCGGCGCCCCGUGGACAGUCAGUGGAUCCCCCACGCCCAGUCGUGACAGGCAGGUGCCUGGUCCCUUGCCCCUGGCCCCGGCGCUGCGGGGACUGUGCUGUGUUCGUGUCUCUGUGCCAGGGGACAGCGGGUGGGCCCUGCCCCCAGGAUUUGCUCUGUGCUGCCCCGAAACACAGGCCGGCGUCCAGCUCUUUGGUGUUUAUGCCCUUGUAUAAACGGCAGCGGAUUUGUCGCAUGGUUUUCCUGUAUGUUCCUUUUAAGAGGCCCAGCUUCGGCUUUCCGCUUCUGCCAGCACUGGCCCUGCAGCACCCCCGUCCCCCCGUGAGGCUGCCGGGGCGGGGGCCGCCAGCCCGGCCUCAGGUUUGCUUUCGCAGUCGUCACUAAGAAUGUACAUGUCGCCUUCUUGUUCUCCCCCGCGGCUCCGUUCCCAGCGGUGCGAGAGGGCAGAGGGCAGAGGAGGGGUUCUGCCAGGACUCCCCUAGCCCGUGCUGGUGCUCUGCUCCACAGUGGCGGGGUCCCUGCACCUCAUCUUCUCCUCUGCCCCCAAGGAUGCAGGAGCUCCUCCGGCUCCCGGCCUCGGUGUCCGCUCUGGAGCCGGUGGAGGAUGGCAGGGUGCGAGGGCACCCAGCGAGGGCAGUAGGGUGGGCAGGGGGUUUGGGGAAGCGGAGCCCUCUGCCCCCUGCCUCUCCCCUCGCCUGGGCGGGAAACUCUGGGGUCCUGGCCAUGUUAUUUUUCUAUCACAGAGUAAAUAAAGCACGGAAUAUUUUUGUAACACAAAA